AUGGCGGAGCCGUAUGUCGACCCGAUAACGUUCCAAUUGAUGUGGUACCAGCUGACCAAGAAAGGAUGGAGCUUCCGGAAGUCCGUCGGCCUUAGCAACGACCAGCGUUACGUUCCACCGGACGGGAAUGUGAAGGGAACUGAAGGCGUCGACGUUUUCGUCGGGGAGAAAAGCUUGGUCAAGCACUGUAUGCAGCAAGGGUGGUUUCCUGAGUACCUCGGAUUGCCCCCAGGAGUGCCUCCGCGCUCGACGACCCCGAGCUCGACGCCUCCCCCCGAAACGCCUUCGCACCCAACGCCGCCACGCUCGACACCUCCCACAACGGUACCGUCGCAAACGGCACUAAGCGCGACGGCUGGAGAUCCUGUUCAAGGCCCAGAUGCACACCUAUCGGUAGCGGCUCCUUCUACCCCACCGGCAGCUGCAAAAUCUGCUACAAGAAUCCCAAAGCCUGCAGCCAAGGCGUCCAAACCGCCGACCAAGAGCAAGAGAAAACCGGCACCUCCGAAACGAAAGGCAGCACCUAAGGCCCGACUUUCAAAGCGACGUCACACUGACGAAGCUAUCACGGAGGAACGCCAAUGUGUUCCGGAAAGUUGUGAAGUUCCUUUUCCGAGUGAAGCUGUCCGUGUUACGGAUAGUGGUCAAUUUGCAGUUCCGGAUGUGAUGGAAGAUGUUGUGGAGAGUGCUAAAGAUGAUAUUCCGGAUGAAUUCCAGCGAGAGACAACCCGUGCCCGUGAUCCACGCUUUGUUACGCUUGACGACUUCGACUCGGAUGGCUUUCUGACCGCAUUGCGUCGUGACCGGCUAUUUGAACCACUUGACAGUGAUGACUUGAAUGGUGUGACUCAAGCGAUGAUGAGUUGA